GGCCGUGGUUUGAGGAAAGGAACAUGGCUUCCCAGGCUGAUUUGAUGGAGCUCGACAUGGCCAUGGAGCCAGACCGUAAGGCAGCAGUCAGCCACUGGCAGCAGCAGUCCUACCUGGAUUCAGGUAUUCAUUCAGGAGCCACGACUACAGCUCCCUCACUCAGCGGGAAAGGAAAUCCAGAAGAUGAAGAUCUUGACAACAACCAGGCCAUGUAUGAGUGGGAGCAGGGCUUCAACCAGAACUUCUCCCAGGAUCAGGUCCAAGACUUGGAUGGCCAGUAUGCCAUGACCCGUGCCCAGCGUGUGCGUGCGGCAAUGUUCCCAGAGACUCUUGAGGAAGGCAUGCAAAUUCCUUCUACGCAGUAUGACACAGCAAAUCCUACCAAUGUCCAGAGACUAGCAGAACCUUCACAAAUGCUCAAACAUGCUGUGGUCAAUCUGAUCAACUAUCAAGACGACGCUGAGCUCGCAACCAGAGCCAUACCAGAACUCACCAAACUACUCAACGAUGAGGACCAAGUUGUCGUCAAUAAAGCAGCAGUGAUGGUGCACCAGCUCUCAAAAAAAGAAGCUUCCCGUCACGCUAUCAUGCGCUCGCCCCAGAUGGUGUCGGCCAUAGUCAGGACAAUGCAGAACACAAAUGAUGUGGAGACUGCUCGCUGCACUGCGGGGACCCUCCACAACCUUUCCCAUCACAGAGAGGGUCUGCUAGCCAUUUUCAAGUCUGGAGGAAUCCCAGCUCUAGUCAAAAUGCUUGGUUCACCAGUGGACUCUGUCCUGUUCUAUGCCAUCACCACCCUCCACAACCUCCUCCUGCACCAGGAAGGAGCUAAGAUGGCUGUUCGUUUGGCUGGUGGUCUUCAGAAAAUGGUGGCCCUGCUCAAUAAAACAAAUGUCAAGUUCCUCGCCAUCACCACAGAUUGUCUCCAAAUCCUGGCUUAUGGAAACCAGGAAAGCAAGCUAAUAAUCCUGGCCAGUGGAGGCCCCCAAGCACUGGUGAACAUCAUGAGGACUUACACCUAUGAGAAGUUGCUGUGGACCACUAGCAGAGUACUCAAAGUCCUGUCAGUCUGCUCCAGUAACAAACCUGCUAUCGUAGAAGCAGGAGGAAUGCAGGCUCUUGGACUCCAUUUGACUGACCCCAGCCAGAGACUUGUCCAGAACUGUCUCUGGACUCUCAGGAACCUAUCAGAUGCUGCUACCAAACAGGAGGGAAUGGAGGGUCUGUUGGGGACCCUGGUUCAGCUCCUUGGUAGCGAUGACAUCAAUGUGGUUACCUGUGCUGCUGGCAUCCUGUCAAACCUGACUUGCAACAACUACAAGAAUAAGAUGAUGGUCUGUCAGGUUGGCGGGAUCGAGGCUUUGGUUCGCACCGUGCUUCGGGCCGGAGACAGAGAAGAUAUCACAGAACCAGCCAUCUGUGCCCUGCGUCACCUCACAUCACGACACCAGGAUGCAGAAAUGGCCCAGAAUGCAGUCAGGCUUCAUUAUGGCCUGCCAGUUGUCGUGAAAUUGUUGCAUCCGCCUUCACAUUGGCCUCUUAUUAAGGCUACAGUUGGUCUGAUUCGUAACCUGGCCCUGUGCCCUGCAAACCACGCUCCUCUGAGGGAGCAGGGAGCCAUUCCUAGACUGGUCCAGCUGCUGGUCCGGGCACACCAGGACACGCAGAGACGCACCAGCAUGGGGGGCACACAGCAGCAGUUUGUGGAGGGCGUUCGCAUGGAGGAGAUAGUGGAGGGCUGCACUGGAGCACUUCACAUCCUUGCCAGAGACGUUCACAACAGAAUAGUUAUCCGAGGACUGAACACAAUUCCACUUUUUGUACAGCUCUUGUAUUCUCCCAUUGAGAACAUCCAGCGUGUGGCAGCAGGUGUCCUGUGCGAACUGGCGCAGGACAAGGAGGCUGCCGAGGCCAUCGAGGCAGAGGGCGCCACCGCCCCUCUCACUGAGCUGCUGCACAGCCGCAACGAAGGAGUUGCCACAUACGCAGCAGCAGUUCUCUUCCGCAUGUCAGAGGACAAACCUCAAGACUACAAGAAACGCCUCUCAGUAGAACUCACAAGUUCGCUCUUCAGGACGGAACCGAUGGCUUGGAACGAAACUGCGGAACUUGGUCUGGACAUCGGUGCUCAGGGAGAGCCAAUUGGCUACAGACAGGAUGACCCCAGCUAUCGUUCCUUCCACUCGGGAGGCUACGGGGCAGACUCGAUGGGCAUGGAGCCCAUGAUGGACCAUGAUCUGGCCGGGGGCCACCACCCAGGUCAGGACUACCCUCCGGUGGAGGGCCUUCCCGACCUGGGACACAGCCAGGAACUGAUUGAAGGCCUACCACCUGGUGACUCCAACCAACUGGCGUGGUUUGACACAGACUUGUAA